AGCCGCUGCGCCACGGAUCGCCAGUGCGGAGAGGACGAGUCGCAGCAGAGCUAAGGAACCCAGACUUCCACCUGCUGAGGAGAUGGGCCUCGCUGCUCUGCUCCCGUUGUUGGGGCUCCUGGUUUUCUGGGAGGGGGGCCACUGCGAUGUCCCUCCUAAUGAGCUGCAAGAACUGUCCAAAACAGGAAGCCAGUUGAUUGACACGGAGCUGGAAAACGCCAUCAGAGGGAUCCAGCAGAUGAAGAUCCUGAUGGAGCAGACAAGCAACGACCACCGCGAGAUCCUGAACAGCUUGGAGGACACGAAACGGCAGAAGGAGGAAGCCCUCCUUGUGGCGAAGGAGGCGGAGAAGGAGCUGAGCGAGAAGGAGGUCUGCAACGAGACCAUGUUGGCUCUUUGGGAGGAGUGCAAGCCCUGCCUGAAGCAGACCUGCAUGAGGUUCUACACCCGGACGUGCCACAGUGGCGCCGGCUUGGUUGGCAGGCAGCUGGAGGACUUCUUGAAUCACUCCUCCCCGUUCUCCAUCUGGGUAAAUGGGGAGCGCGUUGACUCCCUGAUGGAUGCGGAUGACGAGCAAUCCCGGCGGCUGGACGACUUGGAGGAACGCUACGGCCUGGUGGAGGAUGGCGUAGAUGACCUCUUCCAAGAGAGCAUGCAGACCUACGACCAACUCGCCCCCUUCUUCCGCUCGCCUUUCAGCGGCUUCCGGGACACCUGGGCCCCCAUCCGCAGCAUACACCUCCCGUUCGCCGGCUCCCGCGUGGCCAGGAACGUGCCCGCCUUCUCUCUCUUCCCCAACAAUUUCCGGCCCCAUCAUGACUUUCACCAGCUUUUCCAGCCGUUCUAUGAUAUGACCCAACAGCUCUUUGAGCAGGCACAGAGGGCCAUGGAGCGGGACGGGCAGUGGCUGGAUGGGAGCAGAGGACCUUUCCUGGGGAGGUUCCUGACAGGGACUCCUGCUCCCAAUGACAACCGCAUGGUGUGCCGUGAGAUCCGGCGCAAUUCUGCCGGCUGCUUGAGAAUGAAGGAAAAGUGUGAGAAAUGCCAGGCGAUCUUGGACGUAGAUUGCUCUCAGACGGAUCCAGACCAGAGCCUGCUCAGGGAGCGCUUUGAGGAUGCCGUGCGAUUAGCCGAACGGUUUACUCGGAGGUACGACGAAAUCCUCAAGAUGUUCCAAGAGGAGAUGCUCAACACCACAGCCGUCCUGGACCAGCUCAACCAGCAAUUUGGCUGGGUGUCCCGCCUGGCCAACACCACACUGAACAACAACGGCCGGCCUCUGCAGGUCAUCACGGUGGUUACCAAAUCCCCCAAUCCAGAAGACCCAUCUAAACCAUCUGACACUCAGGUGACCGUCCAACUCUUUGACUCAAAGUCCCUUUCCCUGGUCGUGCCAGGAGAUAUACCUUGGGAUGACCCCAGAUUCAUGGAGCUGGUGGCCGGGCAGGCCCUGCGCGAGUACAAGGCCAAUGAAGUGGAGUGACUCUGCCUGCACCCCUGGAUCUCAGGCCCACGACAAGGGAGAGAAAGAAGCCAUCGCCUCCUGCCGCUCCUGCCUCGAUGCUCUCAUAGCGCUGCAGAGGACCUCCGCGCUACAACCCCCCACCUGUCUGCACCUGUAGUUUACACACUGUGUCGCCCGCCCUGUUUUGCUGCUGGGUCUUCACCGAUCCAAAACUGAAAUAAAUGAUUCUAGGCCCCACA